AUGGAAACCACACAGUCAUCUGAUGAAGGGAUAAUUGUCAAUUCAAACUCAACAGAAGACAAUGUUGAGAAGGAACUCACAUCAACAGCUGUGUUGACUUUGGUAAAGGUGUUGGCAGUACUUGCAAUCUUUCUGUGCGUCUUACUGAAUCCACUGAUGCUUGUCACCUUACGUCGUGUCACCAGCAUACAGCCAACAACCAAAAUAUUCAUGGCUUCUCUCACCCUGUCUGAUCUGUGCAACAGUUUAUGCUGGAUCCUUCUUUUAACAGAAUUGUUUGCUGGAUCAUGGUUGCUGGGGGAUUUUUUCUGUGUUGUAUAUGGUGUGACUUUUAACUUAUUUAAUGGACUGGGCAUUUGUUCUCUUUUAAUUCUGACUGUGGAUCGUUAUAUUGCCAUUUCACAUGCUCUACAAUACCCUUCAAUCAUGACUGUGUUCAGAUCAAAGAUAAUUGUGUUUAGCACAUGGGCUACAAUGAGCAUUUUCUGCAUUUUGGUAUUUGGGAUUGAUGGGAGUCGUGUUGUCUCACUGGAUACCCCUUACUACCUUUGCCUAGGACGAUAUGACUGGAGACUUUAUCUACCUUUUACACUUCUGGUUAUUACAAUUCUAUCAAUAUUCAUCCUGUAUGCAUGCAUCGCCCGGAUAGCUCGCAAUCAAGCCAGACGCAUUGCUGCUGAAAACCAAGCAGGCAAUGGUCAAGGUGGGCAGAGAAUAAACACCAGAUCAACCACCACCAUCAUCAUCAUAACAGGGACUUUAAUCAUCACCUGGAUUCCAACAGUCAUCGGGAUGCUGAUACAACAAAACACACGGACGCUGUACCUGGCAGGCAUGUUCACGGAUGUUCUGCUGUUGUGCAAUGGCUGGCUGAAUGUUAUCAUUUACUACCUGAGGAAUAAAGAUCUUCGUCAGGCAAUACGUUCUUUACUAUCUGACUGGCAUAGAAGUCUGCAACAAAGAUUCUUGCAUUAAGCAGUAAAAAUAUGCGUAAGACAAAACCAUUUGGUUGGAUGCUGAGAGCAAAAGAAAAAAAAACACAUGUUAUUCCCUUUGCGUCUUCUGCUAGUACCAUAAAAACAAAUUGCCAAUGUUUUCUGAAAGAAUAGAAGGAAAAAUGGAUACACGACAUCUGCUUUGCAUUUGAGUUUCAACAGAAACAAUUGCACUCCAUCAAGGAACUGCACUAAAAGCUGAUCAGAGGCAAAGUUGCAUGCCUGUU